GUUCCCAAGUUGUAAAUCAGUUAUCUUUCCCGCCCCCUUUUACGUUCCUUUGAAUGGACGAGUAUUGGAAAGAAUUGGAAGGCAAAAGAGUGCACGAUCCUCUGACCCAAAAACAUGGCGACCCUGUUCCACAAAUUUGGGUUGAAGGCCCUCUCAUAGUAGGCGCAGGACCAUCAGGGCUAGCCACCGCUGCAUGUCUUAAGCAAAAAGGCAUUCAAUCUUUGAUCCUCGAAAGAGCACAAUGCAUAGCUUCCUUGUGGCAGUUCAAAACCUACGACCGUCUGCGCUUGCAUCUCCCAAAGCAAUUUUGUGAGCUACCACUCAUGCCUUUCCCCUCUCAUUUCCCAACUUACCCAACAAACCAACAAUUCUUGGCCUAUUUGAGAGGCUAUGCCAAUUACUUUGAGUUGAACCCUGUGUUCAACACCACCGUGACAAGCGCGGAGUGGGACGAGCGGUGUCGGUUUUGGAGGGUCAAGGCUGUUGGUGGAGGGAAAUUGGUUAAAGAGACGGUUAUUGAGUAUUUUUGCAAAUGGUUGAUUGUGGCUACCGGUGAAAAUGCUGAACAAAUUGUUCCUCAAAUUGAAGGGUUGGGGGAAUUUGAGGGCCCCGUUAUUCAUACUAGCUCUUACAAAACAGGUGGAGCGUUUGGCGGGAAGAAAGUUUUGGUCAUUGGAUGUGGGAAUUCCGGUAUGGAAGUUUGUCUCGAUCUCUGUGACUUCAACGCUUUCCCUCAUCUCGUGGCUCGCAAUUCAGUGCACAUUCUACCCCAUGAGAUGCUGGGAAGAUCAACUUUUGGAUUGUCCAUGAGCUUGCUCAGAUGGCUUCCCUUGCGUUUAGUGGAUCAAAUUCUUCUUAUUCUUUCACGUUUUAUACUCGGAGAUACUGCCAGGUUGGGGCUGAGCCGCCCAAAACUUGGCCCUCUGCAGCUCAAGAAUCUGUCUGGGAAGACGCCUGUUUUAGAUGUUGGGACCUUUGCAAAAAUCAAAACCGGCAAAAUUAAGGUCUGUCCAGGAGUGACCAGACUUAGCCGCCGUGCCGCCGAGUUCGUCGACGGCAGUGUCGAAAACUUUGAUGCCGUCAUAUUGGCCACUGGUUACAAAAGUAACGUGCCCUCCUGGCUAAAGGAAAGCAAUAUGUUUAGUGAGAAAGAUGGGAUGCCAAGGAAGGAAAUUUCAAAUGGAUGGAAAGGAGAAUGUGGAUUAUAUGCGGUUGGGUUCACAAAGAGAGGGCUGCUUGGGGUUUCAAUGGAUGCCACAAGAAUAUCAGAAGAUAUUGAGCUUUUCUGGAAAGCUGAUCAAUCACAAAUCCAAACCCACCGUUAAAGGAACCCCUUUCGAGCUUACAAACACUCAAGUUCUACACUUUCGUUCUUGCUUUUGCCACA